AAGAAAAGUAUUUUCGCUGAACACAACUUUUUCCAACGAAAUGUUUGUUAAAUUUCUACUUGGUUUUGUUGUGAUCAUAAAUUUAACAGUAGAAAUAGCAGCUUUAACAGAACUACCAUCUCAUUUUCCGAGAUGCCGCAGAUCUGAUCCGAAGAUGGAAGAAUGUCUUAUAAAUGCCACAGAAUACGUUCGACCUUACGUUAGGGAGGGUAUUCCAGAUUUUCUUCCGCCAAUCAAGGAAUUCAUCGUGCCAGAGGUGACGAUUGAUCAAAAGGGAAGCAGAGCUUACAACUUUAAAGUCCAUAUCACUAACAUGUCGAUAUUUGGUAUGGACCAAUAUAAGUUCAAGAGAUACGUGUUUCAUCCUGAUAAACCAAUGUUCUCAUUUAUAGACGUAGACCUUCCUCAAAUGUCUAUAAAUGGAACAUACGAUCUGAAAGGGAACCUGUUCUUUGCUACUCUUAAUGGCCAUGGCAUUAUUUUUGCUAACAUAAGUGAUUCAAAUUGUAAAUGUAAUUACACCUUAGAAGAAAGACUGAAAAAUGGAGUUUCAUAUGUACACGCAUCCAAAAUUUCUGCCAAAAUGCGUAUUGGUAAUAUUACUGACUAUGGACUUACAGGUCUUUUUAAAGAGUCUAAAGAAUUAGAAUUUCUAACUAAUGAUAUUUUCAAGAAGAACGUCAACGCUCUGGUAGAUGAAAUUACUCCAGCAAUAGAAAGCGUGGUAACCGUGUUUUUGGAUAAAAUUAUCGCACAAGGCAUUGAGAAAAUACCAUACGACAAGGUUUAUCCUAAGUAGUACAGCUGUAAAC